CAAACAGAUAAGCAAGACGCACUGGGAGAGAGACUCACCCUCCAGCAACACCGAGCACAGACCCACUAUUCCCUGACCAGAGACCUGCAGAGAUUCCAGGGUCGACGAUGCGUGAACUAGUGCGCCGACGUACUUGUGGUGGGAGUGUGGAACAGAGAGGAUAAACAAGUAUGGAACUUUGAUUUACGCGUUGAUGGGUUACUGUCAGGCGCUUCUUUAUGCCUUGUCAAGGAUGUUCGCCUAUCAACUUUAGGAAAUGAGAUCUCGCUUAGAGCAGUCUCGAGGGAACAGGCAAGAAACGCGCGGCCCGUCCCGAAGGACAAGGCAGGUGAUGAGAGAAAAUAUCCAUGCUUCUCAAGUGACCAGAAAUGUCAAUUCGUUCCGCGGAGAAAAAAAAAACAUUCAAAUGUUGA